GUAGGACCCACAGACAGGACCACUCCAAGGAGACUUUGAAUUGAGUCCGGGCCUGCUUUAUUCCUGCACAGUGAAGUUGGCUCCAGCCACAUGGACGGCUGAGUGAAGAGCUCUGAAACUGUCACAACCAGAAAUGUGGGACAGGAACAGUUUGGUGUCCUCCUUGCCAGCACUUGGCAGUAGCAGAGCGAGUCUUGCAAGCAAACGAGUCCAUUCAGCAGGGCUGAAAGCUGGAAAUUCUGCCUCGAUAUCUCCUGUGAACUGAUGUUAGGCAACCUAAUGUUGUGGCUGGCAAUGGUUAAACUUACUAGUGAGCCAUCCAAAAUACAGGAGGAGUUGUGAGAAUCCCAUCAGUAAGAGGAAAAGGCCAUAGUGUUGGAGCAACAAUUUUCCAGGAAUAUACAUCAUGUUUUGUGACAGUCACCAGAGAUCAACAAGGUAUCCUGCUGUGAGAUAGCAUUGGAAAGACAGCAUUUUUCCACUUGGACAGCCCUCUAAUGCAGUAGUGCUUGCCUUUGUGUUCAAGACUGUAUUACUGUUGUUUAGCACAUCCUGGGAGUUUACCAGCUGAGCCCCUGCUUUCCUGGAAGAAUUUAUUAGCUGGAAUGUGUGGCUUCCCAGUAUUACCUUUCAAGAUCUGGAGGUUCCGUGCAAUCCAGAGUGCUACAUCUCUUCUAGAGGAUUCAGUCAUGUGUUGAGCUUUCCUUUCUUCAGUACAACAGAAGGCUAUGUUCUGUAUUUUGCUUCACACAUAUCAUCUUAGAUGCAUGUGAGAGACUUGGAAUAAAAUACCUGUUUGUUUCCUCCUGCACGUUAAAACUAGCUGUAAAUAUGAACACGAACCUGAGUUUAACCAUCACAUCCCUGAAAUGGACCAGCAUGCAUUUUUUUUUUGUGGCAGCGUGCGUCUACUGAGCUGGUGCUCAGAGCUCCUUUUUUUCUGAGAGGAGUGCCGGUACCCCCAUGACCAUCACUGUUCUCCGUGGACAUCUGCAGCUAGUCCUGCCCGAAUGUCACAGGGACUCAUCAAGGCUGGGGGUGUUUUCAUGUCUCUCCUGCAGUGCACCUUACCAGCUAAACAAAUGCCUACAAGCACAUCGGUAUCUGGAAAGGGUGUUGCAGGGUGUGCCUGCACCCCAGGUCCUGUUCUGCACCCCAGACAGCACACACAGGAUUCAGCCACCACCAUACGUCUGAGAGGGAUUGUGUCAAACAAGGGGCUGAAUAUCUCCGUGAAAAAGAGAGUUACAGUGUGUCACAGACCACUUGAUGGGAUCAGGGAACUGGAAGGAAGUAAAGUUUCCACAAGAACCGAUACUGUUUUGUGAAACCUUCCAGCUUGGUUAAAACAGCUUCUUCCCCACGGCGUUUUCCCCAGAUCUCUCCUGUUCUUGUGUUUCACCUCUCGAUGCCCUGGGGAAGACCCAUAGAUCUGGCCGAGGUUGACAGAGGCCUUCUGUGCCACAUGGUCUUUGUUGCCAUCUUGAUUGACUCUUAUAUGGACCUGCAGUUCAUCCAGCAGCAUGUCCAGAGCUCCCCAGCAACACAUGCCUAUCGGACCCUCUGUCGUGGUCAGCCUGCUUGCAAUGUUGAAUUUACAGAAGGCGCAAGAUGCUGAAAGCUUUGGUAUUUGAAACGCGAUUGAAGGAUCCCAAUCCAUCUCAAGAACACCUCAUUUGGAUAUCCUGGAGAAGAGGCUUCUUGCUUUGAACUAGGAGUCCAUGAAUCUGACCAUUUUCAAAAUAAUGCAUUUCAAGUUUAUAUAGAUUUGGGUAGCUUAGGAUGGGUGUUGAUGAGAGUCACUUUGAUGUUGGGCAUCCUGUGCACUUCUGAGUCAGACAAACUAAUUAUGAAUCAGUGUUACACUAGUUCCCAAAUAGCUGAUAAACAUGUUAAGUGGGGUAAGAAAACUGAGAGUGUGGAGAGAGCUGGGGUUUGGGUACAUGUUGUGAUGUUGUGAGUCAACACUGGCUUUUCUUGGUGUUGUUACAAACACACGAGUUGUAAGUGGGCAUGGUGGGGCAAGCCUAAGCCUGGGACAUAACUGGCUUAUGGAAAAAACUUCUCUUGAAAAGCAUCACCAAAGUGACCAAAGAAAGAUUGUUCAAACCUGAGGAUGCAAAAUUACUCCGGUGCAUCCAGAGAAAUUGAGAGAGUUACUGCGGGCAAUUUCUUAGUGACUUGGGAGAUCAGAUCCAAGGGUCAGUGAAAAGAAGUCUGAAAUGAGUGGACUAUAGUUGAAUAUCCAUCCCUUGUUAGAAUCUGCAGCGGGUCUCAUUUUUAUUCUUGCAGAUUAUGCUUGCUAUGUUUUCCUUACAGAAGUGCUUAUAGUUGACCAUUAGCUUGAGGAGAACUCAAGUUCGGGCACAAUCAGGAGCUCCCCCUGAUUGCUGAUGCAUAGGUCUGGGGAGAUCAUGGGGAACACCACCACGUGUGGUUCAGCUGGGUUAGGAGCAAAGCCAUUCCUCAGCUCCUGCAGCAUGCAGUUACUGCAUAAAGACCCCUUAAAACCAAAUGUGAUCUCUUUAAUAAGAACGUUGUUUAGUUUUUAGAAUAGAGCAGCCUGCAGGAAUUAGGAAGCCCAUGAAGUUAUGUCCUAGGAACUUUGCAGCAAGGAAAUAAAUGAAGGUUUGUUGAGGGAAAGGUAACUUCUGGUGAUAGGGAGACAGGGAUCUUUGGGACUGCAAUUCUGGGGCCAUUGGAUAGCAGUGAUCUCAUUGCUGUGGUGCUUGUGAGUGCUGACGAGCUGCUGCAGCGAGUGCUGAUGCAAAAGCCCACGUGGCACUUGGGUGCAGAUGCUGGGCACCAUGACAUGAGGCCAGUGUGCCAUGAGCACCCUGGAGCGCGUCAGCAAGCAAAGGUUCAUCAAGGAAAUAAGAAAGAUGGCUGUGCUGUGGGAUUUGCUUGCACCAAUCUUAGCCUUUUAUCCUCUUGCAGGGCUGCAUUUUUUGAUUUCAGCUAUCCUGAUUCCUCUGUCUUGAGUGGAGAGCUGUGUGUUUCAGUUGAUUGACCUCACUGAGCCUGGAGCAGAGUUCCCAGUUUGACAUAACUGUGAUCAGAAAAUGGCCUGUCUGACUAUCGGAGGAACUGCCAUGUAUUUUCCUUGGUGGGUCUCCCAGGUGGAGAUGACUUGGAUGCAGUUUUGAGAAGCCAGAGACACGCCCCAGUUUGCUCAGUGAAAAGGAGCCCACUACGGAUGGUAGCCCUUCACACUGAGUACCUGGCGACUAGCGGCUUGGAGGUGAUUCCUUGCAUGUAUGAGUGCUCUAAAGACCUCUGCAGAAAUGCUGCUUUUACUCCCAGGGCUGGGCUUCCUCCUUUUGGUUGGUUGGCAGGUAGCUGCUGCAACUUCUGCUGGGACACAUCUGUGCUCCAGCUCCCCUGUCAAUGAAUCUGCUGUGUGUGCUUCGGUGGAAAGUGUCAGCCAGGAGAUGGUUCUGGAGGUAGCCCGUGGCCAAGCCUCCCCCUGCAGCCUCACUUUUGGUCAAUAUGCAUGUGCACAGACUGCUUGGCUCCAGGACCUUCAGGAUGAUUUCCUCAUAUCCUUAUAUUCUUGCCUUACCCCUAAACCUGCCGGUGCUAUGGAUCCAGAAUACUCCGUUCUGUUCUUUUCCAAAUAUGAUGCCAAGAAGCUUGUAGCUGCUCUGACUAUGUUCAGCCAGCGGUUUUCUUACGUGCCUCUUUCUUCUGAGUGGAACAUGAUCUUCAUUAAUGGCUUGUGGGAGAAGAUGUUGCAAGUACCUGAUAUUGACAGCCCACCCGUUUUGUCUCAGUGGGUCCAUGAGGGGCUUCAGCCGUUCCUAGUCGAGCCCAAGGUCUUUGCUUGCCUCCGUGCCAAAAAUGUGUUCUGUGAGACGUUUCAGAAGAUAGUCGCUGCCCUGAAUGGCAUAUAUUCUGACCUUCCAGUGGAAGAACAGAGGAAUCUUUACACCGGGAUCAAAUACUAUCUCAUCGAGGAUGGAUCAAACCACAAAUGCUACAAUGCAGCUGUUCCAGGUCUGAAUUCCACUGCUUGGUUUGAAAAUUAUCUUGGAUCCUUCUUGGAGCAUGCUACUGUUGGAGACCUGCAGCUUUUUGGUGAUGAAGCAACACUUCAAAAAUUUGCCAGGGAUCCAGUCAAUAUACAGAUGAUCAGCAACCUCACCUUGCUCCGGGAGACAGCUGUGUACUAUACCUUGCUGCUGACCUCUGGACCUGAUUUUCCCUUAUCGAGUCUCCCAGACAGAUUUGUUUGCUACCUGAGCCCCUCGGCAGUGAGCAACCUGAGCAGAGACGAUGCUUUGAGCUUGGCCCAGAGGAUCAGUAAGAACUGCCCAUUGAACCUGACACACAGAGGAAUAACUAGAGAGAGUGCUCCCUCCUCCCUGACAACAGAGGAACUGCAGGUUGCAUCCUCCUUGGUGAGAAAGUUUGAACAUUUCACCCCUGCAAUCCUGCGUGCAUUGGGCCAGGCUGCAGUUGGACUGUCCAUAUCCGACAUUGAAAACAGCAUCAGUGAAAAAGACCUUGAAGCAUCUAUUCCUGCCCUGGGUGAAGUUCGUGGCUGGAAUGCUGAGCAGUCCAGCACAAUCAUCAACAAACUGCUCAGCUCUGGCUACCAGAUCCAGAAUGGACAGAGCCUGGCAAAGCUUGGGAGCUUGGUGGCUGGCCUCAACAGCAGCACGCUUCAAAGUCUGUCUCCAGAAGUAAUCUUGGAAGCCAUUAAGUUGCCUGAGUUUGUUCAGCACGUAGCGACCCUGCCCUCUUCUCUGAAAAGGAUAUUUGUGGAAAAGAUUUCCUCCAGUGUAGGACACCCUGCUGACCUGGUUAAAUAUAUCCCUGAUGCUCUGGCCAGUUACGUUCCAAAAUCAUUGCUUGUUUUUGGGGAAGAGAAGCCCAAUGUUUUGGAUCUCAACAGUAAAAAGUGGACCCGAGAACAGGCUGCCAUGUUUUUCAGUGAUGUGAUGAAGGCAGAGCCUGACUUCAGCAGGCUUUCUCAGUCGGUCCUUCAAGGCUUCACGUGUGCAGCUACCAAUGAGAUGGAAGCAGAAAGAUUUCAGGAGCUGGCCAAAGUCAUGAAGGAGAAGAAUGUCAAGCUGGGAGAAGAUCAGCUGAGUUGCUUAGCGAAGCUGGUGACGCUGCAUGGGAUUCCCAAGGAUUUAGAUAGCUAUCCUAAAGACCUGUUGCUGUUUUUAAGUCCUUCAGACUAUGCAGCAACAGGAAGCUGUAGGCAGUACUUUGCUAAUAUCGGGAAAGCAAAUCUUGAUGUUCUGCAAAGAGAGUCAUCUCAGCGGAAAGAGCUGCUCUUGGAAGCUUUGGCAUGUUUGAAAAUUUCUAGCACACAGGUAAACAAGGAAAAUGCAGAGAUUCUGGGACGUCUGGUCUGUGACUUGGGUGGAGAAUACAUUAGAAGUUCUGGUGGGAAUUUGCUGAAGCAAUUAAGCCAGUGUGACUCUUUCCUGCCUGAUCAAGAAGAGGCUAUUAGGAGCGUCAUCAGCAGUGGUAACACUACAUUCGGGGCUCCCGCAGCAUGGUCAGCUUUUACUUUGAAUGUGCUCAGUGGAUUGAUUCCUGUAUUUGAUCACAGCAUCUUGCAGAAGAUCCCCAAGAAUGCUUUAACUCUUUGGCUGAAAAACUUUGCACACAAUUCACCUCUGUCAAGGGAACAGUUGGCCACCAUUGUUGAAGAACUCCUGCCUACUAGGCAUAAGCGUGCUGAUGGUUGCCCACCUAACAAGCGGAUAACAGACGUGGUUCUUAACAGUGACUUGAUGCCUAUUGAGUACACAGCUGAGCAGUUACAUACUUGCCUGAAAAACGUCUCUCUGGAUAAUCACCUCCCUCAGAUACUGACCUAUGCCUUCAGCAUUCAGCAAUUAGGUGUGCUGAAGAGGCAUCUGGAUGAGACAUAUCCUGAUGGGUAUCCUGAAAGUUUGCUCCCCAAACUGGGCUCCCUUGUUUCUUUUGUCACCCCUGAGGACAUUUCUAAAUGGAAGAUAACUUCAGCUGACACACUGGCUGACUUGCUAAAGUAUCAGCCUGCUGAUGCUCAGGCUUCUGCAAUAAUUAGGAGAUAUGUUGACUUGGGAAAUGCCUUGAAUGCCACUGCACUGAACGCAAUUGGUACGAGAUACAUAUGCCUUCUAAAUGUGACCGAGUUGAAUAUGAUAGACCCCAGCAGCUUGAAACUAGCAUCUCUGAAUCUUUCAGCCUGUUCACAGCUUACGAAAGACAUCUUAUAUGCUAAAGCAAAACGUGCUUUCUCAGACCAGCACUAUUUACCUGCUUACUAUGAGCUUAUCAAACCAUAUCUAGGGGGUGCUCCAGGUAUGGAUCUCAAAGCUCUAAGCAAGGACAACGUGAACAUGGAUGUUAGUACUUUUGCGAAUUUAAGAAGAGACUCCUUGCUGGGCCUGACAGUUUCUGAGGUUGAGAACUUGCUGGGGAUAAAUCUCAGUGAUCUGAAGAAAUGGCAGCACAAGUCCCCCAUCUGGGAGUGGGUCCAAAUGCAGAAACAAUCAGAAUUGGAUAAAAUGCAUAUUGGGCUUACUGGGGGAACACAAGAAGGUUACAUCAACAUUGUCGCACAGAAAUUUCAGUCAACAUCCUCAGCCUCUCUGGGUACUGUGGCCGUGACACUCCACCUCCUGCCUGCUCUGCUUAUCAGUUUCCUGAUGAUGUUGGUCUUGUCUUGAAAAUCUUCCCUCAAGAGAAAGCAAGAUGAGGGGGACCAGCCUCUGACCUGCUCUGAGGCCUGUUGGGGACGGCUAUGCUUGGGGGGUGAGGGGGUGCUCCGUGCUAGCAGGCAACUGUUGUGCAGCCCAGGGUUCACUUUUAGGUACUUCGUCUUUCAAAUAACUCAAAAUAACGCCAGUGUUCUGUCUGAAGGGAAAAUUUCAGGCUCUUCAGAGCAGGAUCUUUGCUUUUUGUAGAGACCAAGCCCAGGUAAGCCCCAGCCAUGUAACUGCAACACAAACGAUGUCAAUAUUUUACUGCACAACCCUGGUGGGUUUAAGGGUGAGCAAAUUGGCUGUUCUGCACGUUAACGAUUACGUUUCUCAAAGAGCCUGGUGUCUUGACAGUACCAAGGCCUCUGAACAGGAGUGAAGUUUUCUGUCUGAUUGUAAAGAAAUAACGUGACUAAGUAAAAAA